AUGGAGAGCCAUUCUCUUCUUUUCCUCUCCUUUGUUUUCUCUUUUACUUUGCUUCAUGGAUGUUUGGCCUCUCGUGCAGUAACCUUCGAUGGCUCUGAACAAUGGGGCUAUGUCGAAGUUCGACCCAAGGCACACCUAUUUUGGUGGUUCUAUAAAAGCCCUUAUAGAGUUAAUGAUCCAUCAAUACCAUGGCCAAUAAUUCUAUGGCUCCAAGGAGGUCCAGGAGGCUCUGGUACAGCAUUUGGAAAUUUUCUAGAAAUAGGACCACUAGACAGCAAUUUGAAACCCAGAAAUUCUACUUGGCUCCACAAAGCAGAUCUCUUAUUUGUGGACAGUCCAGUAGGAACAGGAUUUAGUUAUGUAGAAGAUAAUGCCUUGGUAGUAAAGGCCGAUGAAGAGGCAGCAACUGAUUUAACUACCUUAUUGAAAGAGCUAUUCAAUGGAAAUAAGACUCUCCCAGAAGGUCCUUUGUACAUAUUUGCAGAGUCCUAUGGAGGGAAAUUUGCUAUAACUCUCGGAGUUUCUGCUCUUAAAGCCAUUGAAGCAGGGGAACUAGAGCUUCAAUUAGGAGGAGUUGCUUUAGGAGAUAGUUGGAUUUCUCCUGAGGAUUUUGUGUUUUCUUGGGGACCUCUACUCAAAGACCUAUCAAGAAUGAGCAAUAAUGGAUUAAGCAUCUCAAACAGUUUAGCUCGGAAAAUUCAGCAGCACUUAGCGAAAGGCGAAUACGAGAAUGCUACAUUUACUUGGAAUGAACUAGCAAAUGUUAUUCUUGCCUACAGCAACAACGUGGACUUCUAUAAUUUCCUGCUUGAUUACGGUAAUGAUCCAGUGGUAGGGAUCACCACAGAGACUAAAAAAUGGAUUCUCAGUGAUAGAUAUUCAAACUAUAUAAAUGCCAAGUAUCAUCCUUCAUCAGCUAGUGAUGGCCUUUAUGAUUUCAUGAAUGGGCCUAUUAGAAAGAAGCUGAUUAUUAUUCCAGAGAAUGUUACUUGGGGAGGACAAAGCAGGCUGGUUUUUCAAGGCUUAAUCGGAGACUUCAUGAAGCCAAGAAUUCAAGAGGUGGAUGAGCUCUUAGCCAAAGGUGUAAGAGUGACCAUAUACAAUGGGCAACUUGAUCUCAUAUGCUCAACCAAAGGAGCAGAAGCAUGGCUUAACAAACUAAAAUGGGAUGGCUUGAAAAAUUUUUCUAGUCUGGAUCGCACUUCUUUAUAUUGCAAAGGUGAUAAAUAUAAUACAACCACAAAAGGGUUCAUAAGCUCAUACAAGAACUUGUCUUUCUACUGGAUUCUUGGGGCAGGCCACUUUGUUCCAGUUGAACAGCCUUGUAUUUCUCUUCAAAUGGUGGGGAGCGUCACAAAAUCCCCAAAAUAAUUCCUAGCAAUCACGACGGCCGGCAGAAAUUUUUACAAGAGAUUUUCUUUUUAAAUUAUAGUUAGGAGUAUUGGUUGCCGAAACAAAAUUCUCUCAGGGAGAAUUUUUAAUUAAAGGCAAUUGCAAGAGAU